AUGGAUCUGCUCGAGAUUUUAGACACUAAACCGGUUCCCGCGAUUGUGGAUGCGAGAACGUUGGGAAUCGCCGAAGAUACUUCUGGAGACUAUUGGCUGCCAACUACUAUGUGCCUGUAUCAGAAGGAGCUGACAGAUCAGAUUGUCUCUUUGCAUUAUUCUGAUAUUUUGCGAUACUUUGAGACCAAUGACUACAAGGAAGAUGUGAUUGUGGAGUCUAUGAAAACGAUGUGUCUGAAUAGUGCAUACGUUGCGACUCAUCCAUACCUACUCAUCGAUCACCACAUGCCAAGGUCGCUGAUUACCAAGGACAUUCCCGGCCAGCUGGCGGAGACAAGUGGAAAGUUCACGGCUCUGAGAGAUCUAAUGAACCUUGUUCAGGAGUAUGAAACUGACACGGCGAUUGCGUGUAGGCCAGGUAGAACGAUGGAUCUUUUGGAGGCGUUAUUGCUGGGAAACAAGGUUUGUAUAAAACGAUACGACAAGCACUCGAUCAAGUCGAAGCAACGGGCUCGUUCCUUCCCCUGUACCUGCCAUAUCUUUCCCUCACAUGGUCUUAAACUGGAGAAGAACUCGCUUAAAACAUCGGGCCAGUUUGAUAUGCUGAUUUGCCUUGACCCAACGGUGGAUACGACAAACGAACAAAUACAGCGCAUUUUGCGUCACAAGAGGAACCCAAAAAGCUCUGAAGCGGUCGCGCCAAUUGUAAGGUUGGCCACAAUCAACUCGGUAGACCACUGCGAGCUCUACUUUGGCAAACAGUAUCAAAGGAACAGUAGAGAGUUUUUGGAAAGCGUCACUGCCGCGGUGGUUGUUUUGCGGGACAGAGUCGGAAUCCUGCCGCCAGAUUUGAGGCCUAUAUACUCUCAGAAUCUGAGGUAUCUGAUAAACUGGUUAGAAGACCCUAGUAUUCCUUGGCCCUUGCCCAACGUAUAUCGCGUGAACAAGUACACCUCUAUGGACGUCGAAAGAUCAUUGCUAACAGAGGUGCAUUACAGCCAGGUCGAAGAUGAACUAGAUGCUGCAUUUAAUGGAAAGAAACGUGGACGCAGUAAGACUGAAAAAGGCACUGGAAGGCCAGCGGAUGUUUCAUCUUUUUAUUCCUCCAAGAGGUUAAAGAACGACUAUACCACGAACCCAUCGAAACAGAACAUGGCAGAGCUAACAGGAAUCACUACAGCAGAUGAAGCAUCACAUGCGGACUACCAUCUGUCCAGUGGGAUUCUUACGCAUAGACUUAUACAAUCAAUGGGUCAGACAUAUGUUGAUCUAGCCAUUCAAACGAGGGAAUAUAGGAGUUACAUCGAGAUGGAUGCUAUUCAGGAAGCGCAUAAAAGUACACUUUACGAUAAGCUAUCUGAGGUGGAAGACAAAGUUGCCGCCAUCGUUGCGAAGGAGAAAGACAACAUGUUGCAGGCGAACCGAAUUGAUGACGUGAACGAGAAUAAACGCCAAGAAAUACAAAAGGUCGAGGCUAAUAUUGAAAGAUUGUUAGGAAAGUUAUCUGACAAGGCCGGUAAGUUUGGGCAAUUGAAGGAACUGUAUGAGAGAUGUAGUAGUUUGGCUGAUUGUAUUGAUAAAGAAAAGAAUGUAAGCAAAUCUAAAGAAUCCGAGCAAGAAUACACGUUAAAAGAAUGUGAGCGGGCUGAUUGCUCAAUCAGUGAUAGCAAAGCCGAAUUGGACGCAAUCACUGAGAAUUCCAAGCGAUUGCGUGAGGAGCUAAACUCGGCGUUCGAUCAGUCUAACAUUGAAAGGCAAGAAAUUGAACAAAGAAUUGCAACCAUGUUACCUGCGAUAGAGAUUGAGAAAGCUUAUUGCAAGGAUCUCAACAACAAGCUCAGCCAAAUCGUUGACCAGCUAAAUAGUAUGCCACAAUCGAGACUUGGUCUUUUAAACGGCAAAGGUAGCAGCAGCAGGCGACAUAAGAACACAGCUUAA